CAUUCAAUAGAAUGGUGGGAUGAGGUGGGGGUGGGGGCAGGUUUUGGUCUUUCAGAGCAUUUUUGGUUGUUUGUUAAUGUUUUCUUUCCCUCUUUUUGUUAUUAAUACUAGUCUGGUAAUACUUUUCCUUACCAUUUGGUGAUACCUUUUUGUGGUCAAGAUGAGUGAGUCAGCACCUCAAGAGGAACCUAAACCUGCUCAGGAAAAUGGAAAAGAAGACAAAGAAAGGAACCAGGAAGGAAGUGAGGCAGAAGAGCCUAUUCAGUAUUCACAGAGUAUGUCAGACAGUUCGGCAGUAGGCCCCUGCAGCAGUGUGACAGGAGCAGCAGCAAACAAAAAAUCCCAAGAUUUAAACCUGGAGAACCAGCCAAAACUCUCAACUUGUUCAGAAGAGGAGUCUAAAACUAGAGUCUCACAGAAUGUUGUUUUUAGAAAACCUGCAAAAGUGAUUUUCAAUUUAGAUCAAACUGCACAGGAUUCAAACCUGGAACAACCAUGGAAGAAAAAUCUUUUAGAAAGAGUUCAGGCAAGAGCCCAGGCAAUGCAUCAGAAAAUCAUAGAUAAGGAAAAUCUGAAGAAGGAAGUAGAAAAAAAGGCUGAAGAAAAACUCCCCAGGGAUAAUUUGGCCAAAGAGUGGUUUAAUACCGAAAGCAUGACACUGAGCACUCGUGCGUAUUUGCUCGACAAACUGUUACCCACCUUAGUUCCUGGAAUGGAAAGAAUGUUAAUGCAAGUGGAAAAGAAGAAGCUUUUGGCAGAUGUUGAUAUUCCCACCAAGUUUGAUCCAAUUAACCAUUUGGGAGAAUACUUAAUGAGAAACAACCCUAAAUAUAUCAAAGAUUCAGGACUGUCUGGUUAUCAGAGGGUGAUGAGAGAUAUCUCAGAAGACCUGAAGAUAUAUGUUCCAAACACUACUUACAACAGAGUAUCUAAGAUAAAAGAGAAUAUUAAACAGAAACGAGAACAAAAAGGAUACAUAAAUGAUGUCAAAGCCAAGGUGGCCAACGCACGGAAACAGGCUCUGCAGGAGCAGUUCAAUGAGUGGAUUCUAGACCCCAAAGGAAUGAUUCCGAUGGUCGUGAUUCAGAACGUUCUUCAUGAAUUUUUUCAAAAUCCAGAUUUGCAGCUUGGAACAUGCUGCCUACCAGUAGAUAUUGCUGACUCAAUGAAACCAAGAUUGAACAAAAGAGAAUUUACACAACUCGUCUCUUUGCACAUUGCAGGCUUUAAAAGUGAAACGUUUGAGAAGCUCCUUAAGCACCUUUGCCAUUGUGCGGAAGAAUUCAGGGAAAUCAUAAAAAUUGACAUGCGGAGACAGAUGUUUGCUGAACUCUUCCUGCAUUGUGACCGUGGGAAGGUAGGGUUUUUGGAUCGUCAGAGGACAUUGGCCUUGCUGGAAACAUUCUAUGACCAAAGUUCAAAAGUGCUCAGAGGUAUACUCCGAAACCCAAGACAAUGGCCAUUUGUUGAAUUUGGAGAGAUAGACUUACCUGAGUUCUGGGGAGACAUGGAUAAUCAGAAACACAUUUAUGAAGACUUUGACAAUGUUCUCUUAGAGAUGAACACAAUACCUUCUGAAAAACAUGUUGGCAAAACCCAAAGUAAAUUAUCAGCAAGCCCAGAAGAUCAACGUGAACACUAUAGAGAAUCAUCACUACCACAAAGCCCACCAGAACAGCAGAGAGGGGCAACUGUGGAACAAGGACCAAAUGGAAUUUCAACCAGAGAACAAGAACAACCUGAAGAGUCAACUGGAGAACAAGAACUGAACAAAGAAUCAGUAUCAAAAGAAGGAACCUACACAGGGUCAACUCCAGAACAAAGACCAAGUAGAGAGUUAAUAACAGAACAAAGACCACAUCGUGAGCCAAUAACAGAACAAGGAGUACAAGGAACCCACAUCGAAUCAACAGCAGAACAAGGACUUUCCGAAGGAUCGGUUACAACAGAAGGACGACAUAAAGGGUCAACAGCAGGACAAGGAUCACAUGGAAAGUCAACUGAGGAACAGGGAUCACGCAGAGAGUCACGAUCAGAUCUUGAGCAACCCAGAGAGACAGUGGCAGAACAGGAAGCACACGGAGAAUCACAGUCAGAUCAAGGACCACACAAUGGGUCAACUGCAGAGCAAGAAGAAGGCAGGGAGUCGGGAGUAGAACAAGAACCACACAGAAGGUCAACUGCAGAACCACAAUCACCCAGAGAAACAAUUCCAGAAGAACAACAGGACACAGACUUCACUUCACAAUUGAGUAAAGGUAGUAUUGUAGGAGAAAGUAAAACAUCUAGGGAAUCUAUUUUCUUUGAGCAUACUGAAAUCCCUCCACAGGAAGAAAGGACUCAAGGACAACCAUACGAAGAGCUACUCUUCAUAAGUCCUGAACUGCAAGAGAAAACAGGAGUAUCAAGCCCAGAAGAUCAUCUUUCAG